GACCUAAUCGGAGGCAGAGAUCAUCAAAACGGGAGCGAGAAAAAGAAGAGAAUGGGAAAGAAGAAGAAGAGGACGUCAUCAAAGGUGUGGUGCUACUACUGUGACAGGGAGUUCGAGGAUGAGAAGAUACUCGUGCAGCACCAGAAGGCCAAGCACUUCAAGUGCCAUGUCUGCCACAAGAAACUCUCCACCGCCGGUGGCAUGAUCAUCCACGUUCUCCAGGUCCACAAGGAGUCCGUCACCAAAGUCCCUAAUGCAAAACCUAGUAGAGAGUCCACAGAUAUUGAAAUAUAUGGAAUGCAAGGAAUCCCUCCUGAUGUCUUGGCUGCUCACUAUGGAGAGGAAGAAGGCGACGCUCCAUCAAAAGUGGCUAAAGUGGAUAUCCCAUCUACCUCACGUGGAGGCGUAGUGUUAGGAUCAUCGGGCAUUGGAUAUCCUCAACCUACUUUGAGCACAAUGCAGCCAAUGGGUGUUGGUUAUAGUUAUAACUCUGCAGUACCAGUGCCUCCUGCUGCUUGGGCAGUUCGUCCUCGUCCCCAGCCUUGGUACCAACAGUAUCCUGCAGUUUCAGUUCCUCCUCCUCCCCCAUUGGGUUAUGCACAACAGCCAUUGUUUCCUGUGCAGAACAUGAGGCCACCUUUACCAUCAACCACAUCACCUGUGCUACAGCCUUCACAGAUUAAUCCUCCAGGACUGCCCAUAUUCAAUCCUGCCCCUGUAUCACAACCAUUGUUUCCUAUUGUUGGGAACAACAAUAUGGCUACUCAGAGUUCACCCUUUUCUGCUCCCACGCUUUCGACAAGUAUUCUAUCAAGCUCUCCAACAGAAGUUAAAGGCUCAAUUGACGCACAUUCAGGUGCUAACACUUCCGUGACAAGCAAUUACCAAGCACUAAGCAUUCCAGGCGGGCCAUUGAUCAAUUCACAUUCUUAUGCAUCUGGUCCAAAUACUGCUGGUCCUUCAAUUGGACCACCCCCAGUAAUUGCAAACAAAGCUCCUGCUACACAGCCAGCCACUAAUGAGGUCUAUCUAGUUUGGGAUGACGAGGCAAUGUCCAUGGAGGAAAGAAGAAUGUCCUUAAUGAAGUAUCAGGUGCAUGAUGAAACUAGCCAGAUGAGCUCUAUUGAUGCAGCCAUAGACAAAAGAAUAUUGGAGAGCAGGCUAGCUGGUCGAAUGGCCUUUUAAAAAUCAAAUGGAUGAAAUGUUUCUGUCAAUGCAUUGUGCCUAAAACAUUGUCGGCAGUCAUUUUAACAGCAAGGCAAUGCCUUGAUCUUGGUUCUCACCGACGUCUUGUAAUUGGCCACUCAAAAUUUAUUCGUGUCUUGUAUUCUUAGCAA